CUAUUUCCAAGAGACAAUCAUGAACAAAGGACACAAACUGAUUUAUUUAGCACAAACAAUGUUCCAACAAAGACAAAGAAACAGAAUUAGCCAAAAACAUCAAACAGGUAAUAGCCCUCCCUCCUUCCCUCAAACACAAAGAAUCAAACAGCCAUGAAAUGAUUCUAAGUGAGGUGGUUUCAAACAUUGAAACAGGCAAAGGCAGGGAGGAGUAUUGUCUAAAAACCAGCUUUAUUCAAACACAUGACUCUCACGCAAGUGGGAUCUGGAGCAAUAAUCAACAACAAUACCAGAGUAAUUGAAACACUAGUUCAGAAUCCAGAAACAAGAAACUAGAUAAAGCAUUUAUUUUAAAAAAAAAUAUAAUCCCUGCAAAUAGAUCCAGAACCUGAUGAUGAUGAUGAUGGAGAAUCAGGGAGCGGAAUGGCACUGACAGGUGACCACAAAAGGUUGGAUUUUUUCCCUAAGACUUGCGCAACUUUUCCUUAAAUCGGCAGUAGGUUUAACAUGAAGAUCAUGAACACAUUGGUGAACAAGGCGCUCAAUGGCGGAAACCCAGACCCGGGCAACCUCAACCCCCGUCUCCGUCCUGUGGGAAGUGGUUAUGAAGCACUUGAUCCAUGUCAACUCCCUCACCAGCUCUUCCAGAUCUUCUUCCUCCUCCCCCCCCUACCGAAUACUCUAACGAAUUUGUUGCAGCUGACAACGCGUCGUCAAUGUCGUUUCGGAUGCCGUAUAUACUCAUGAUCGGAUUUCCAAACUAUGGUUGGUCGUCUUCUGUCCACCCUCUCUUUUUCUUUCUGACUGUGAUUCCUUAAUCUUUUACACUAUGUUUUGUUCAAAUUUGGGAAAAGAAAAGAAAAACUAUGUUUGGUU